AUGUCUGAUUCGGUCGAGUCCGAAUCGGAAGCCCCAGAUACCAAUGACAUCUGCAUUCAUUUCCAGCGUGGAGCUGUCUCAGCAGCGAGUGCGGGAUACCGCGUGUCGCAGUUGCAGCACAAUGCUACUACCUGCGACUUUUGUGCCGUUAUGCUUGAAGGUCUGUCCACUGUGCUCGGAGCAUCGCUGGACCCUGACUACUGUGUCUCUUUCAAGCUCAAGCACCAGGCCAAUAUACCCCCUCGCCUGACCUAUGAGAAGCAAGACGACUUUUCCACACAGCAAAGGUUUGAGAUUUCACCUGUUUCUGAAGGCAGCAACCUUCCCCGGCCGCUCUCUAAAGUCGAGCCUUUUCUCGACAUCGCGCCCGAGGCAUCAAGCGAGGCGUGUGUGAAACGUAUCCAAUUCUGGCUCGACAACUGCCAAUCCGUGCACGGGUUCUGCGCGGAAAGUUUGGAGUCCACGCUCCCGAGGCGGGUACUGGAGGUAGAUACACUCGUACUUCACGAAACCCAGGGCGAAAAAGGCAAGUACAUUGCUUUGAGUCAUUGUUGGGGUUCUGGCGACAGUCUCAAAACGGAGAAGUCAAGUAUCGGGCAGAGAAAGCAAGGAAUCCAAUGGGAUGAACUCCCUCAAACGUUUCAAGAUGCCAUUACCAUUUCGAAAGCUUUGGGUGUUCAGUAUUUAUGGAUCGAUUCACUUUGCAUCGUUCAAGAUGAUCAAAAUGAUUGGGAGGUCGAAUCCGGCAAGAUGGAUCAGAUAUACAAAAACUCUUACAUCACGAUCGCGGCUUCUGUUGCCAAGGGUGACCACGAAGGCUUCCUGAGGCCCAGAACUCACUAUCUUACGUCGAUCGCCCGCGUCGAGCUUUCUAAUGGUGUCGAGGAGAGCUUUAAAAUCAGACCCCUGCCCGCGAAGCAUUAUCGACGAGACGUGGGCCCUCGAAACAGGAGUUGGCGACACAACAUGACGGUUCCGGGCGCCCAGCCUCAGCCACUAGAAACGAGGGCCUGGUGCUUCCAGGAGCGCCUGGUUUCCAGCCGUCUAGUUUCUUUCUGUGAAGCCGAAAUGGAGUGGGACUACCCUACUCUUAGUCGAUGCGAGUGUGGAACUAGAUUACUGGCACACGACGAAUGCUUCAACAGAGUGUUGGGCGGCAUGGAACCGGUGCCGGGGAAAUCUUCCAUCCGAUCUCUAUACCAGUCGUUACUCUGUAUUGCUGCGAUAUUUGCUGACGACCCCAAGCCUGAACAUCGAGAUGCGCUGAACGAUCUCGUGCGGCACCAUUGGCAUAAUUUACUGAUACCAUCAUAUACCCUCCUGGCACUCACGAGGCCGAGUGACCGACUUCCCGCACUGUCGGCAAUUGCAUCUGAACUGAAGGAGAUUCUGAAGGAUGAUUAUCUGUGCGGUCUUUGGCGCCAGGGACUGACUCAAGGAAUCACGUGGGUCGCUGGCUCUUUCGGGACCGACGGCCCCCAGCCCGGCGUGCUGCCCCAGGUAUACCGUGCCCCUUCGUGGUCGUGGGCUUCCACGGAAGGGCCGGUGGACGGUGAUCGAGCAUUCAACUCGAGUGUGCAUUACCUCUUUCGGAUCACAGAGGCACGCUGUACACCGAUGGCCGGCUCCAUUCUAGGCCCCGUCACAGACGGAUCUCUGACCAUCGAAGGUGACGUGAUACGAGCCGAGCUCAAAGUUCCCGCCGUCUGCCACGGAGAUGACGAGCACAAGGUCGAGUACAGAAUCUCGACCCCGGACGGGAAACCGUUGUCUAGUUCGUUUUACCCGGAUACGCCGCUGGUGGGAAUGGAAACGGAGACCGCCUCCGGAACAGUCCGUCGCUCAGGCCGCCGACUAUCAGCCGCCAGAGACUCAAUCGACGCGCCGGUGCUGUGCCUGGUGCUCGCCGGACACAGGACCCACAGACUGCCCACCUACAUGCGCCGUCGUUUGCAGGAGCGAGAGGGCGAAGAAGAGACCAUCGAGGGUGGCGGCGUCUUUGAUUCUGCAACUCUCAUGGUGCUCGGUCUUCCACUCUCGCCGGCCGACUUUUACCAACGCCUGGGCUUGGCAAGAUGCAGCUGGUCCGACAUCGUUGACGUCAAGGUCGGAAUGACAAUCGAGGUGGGAUGA